CCGAUGUGGCAACGUCGAAAGGACUCUGCUAAUUUGAGGACUUCCUCAGUAAUUUAGGUGGAAAAGUGAAACAGUUAAAUGUAGUCAGUGGGUGCUAAUCUUCAAGCUGCAGUGGUGUUUGUUCUGCAUAACUUCUUCUAGUUCGGCGACACAUGGAAACCGCUGAGUUCCGGUACUGCAACUGUAGAAGGAAGUUGUAUCAAGAGGAAAAAAUCGGCACCAAGAACUCCCGGUUGAUUGGAAGAGUGUCUUUCUCUGAAUGAACUUUCGCAAUCACUUAUCUGGGAAUUACGACAGCUUCAAGAUUCUGUUGGGCAUCAGCUUUCUCUUGACAGUCUGCAGCAAUGUGUACCUGUGCCCUACGAAUUGUAGUUGCUAUGGGACUUCAAGUAUCGGUGUCACUUGCAACUGCUCUUGGGCAACAUUGCAAAGAAUCCCACAGGAAGGUGUUGACUUCAACACUACUAAGCUCAUAGCUUCACACAACAAGCUGACUAGCCUGAAGAACAUCAGCUUUAGUGCCUUCCAUCCGCAGCCUCUGGCGGUUAUCACUUUAGACUACAAUGCCAUUUCUGAAGUAGAUUCAAACACGUUUAACAGUCUAGUUUUUUUAAAAAAACUUUGUAUGUCACAUAAUAUGAUAGUCGGUCUUCAUCCGGCCACUUUUGCAGACGCGAUACUGCUGGAGCAAAUAGAAAUAAGUGAUAAUAAUUUAAUAUAUGUGCAUCCGGAACUGUUGAUCAAAAACCUAUACCUCCAGCUAUUUGAUGCCGGCAAUAACAGAAUCAGAAUUCUCCCAUCAGGUUUAUUCAAAUACAAUAGUAACCUAAUGGGAGUUUAUGUUAAUGGUAAUGAACUUAGAUUCCUCAGUAGCCAACAGUUUCAGCACAACCCCAAACUCAGAAUUGUGCGUUUAGAAAACAAUAAAAUCAUGUAUCUUCAAAUAGAUAUGUUCACAUAUAGUAGAUAUCCUUUGUAUGUAAACCUGAAUAAUAAUGAAAUACAUCAGAUUCGAGACAACGUAUUUCAAAACGAAUGCGACGUAAAAAUCGUGGAUAUAAACAAAAAUAAUAUAGAGAAUUUCUCUGUAUGCCAGUUACUUUGCUUGAAGGGAGUGCUGAGUAUUGAUAUUUCUGGUAACCCACUGGUUUGUGGCAGUCACGAGGAGCAAGCAGUGAAAUUGUGUCAUAAUUACAGUGUCCAUAAUGAAGGUGACUGCAACUUAGGAACUCCACUCAAUUCAGAUACGGUAUUUACAGGGAGGACAUUAUACAUGAAAACAAUGUAUGAAAACAGUAGUAGCUUCCCACAUUCAUUUACUACAGUAACAAGUAACUACAGCGCUACUUCAGUAGAUUUUCCGACUGCUGAAGAUACGGCAGCUCUUUCUCAAGAAAUAAAACAAAAUGUUUUAACUAACAACAUUUCUGUUGUCUCAGGCAAUGAAAAUGUGACCAUGGUAUUUGGAUCUACAUCGCGGCUGGAAUACACUGAGCAAAAUCGAACUACUACAGAGGUCACUGUUGUCGAGUAUAACUCUCCUAUCGUAUUACGAGAAUCAACUGUGCGCGGAAUUCUUUUCAUUGCGCUGGAGUGCCUAUUAGCUAUUGUCAUCUUUUUACGAAAGUUACUGUGCCAGAGAGAUGUAAAUGAUUCUGCUGUAGUUGAUACAAUCGAACUUCUGUCUGAAUCUGGACCCAACCCUGAAGUCAACAGUGAAACAGAAAGUAGUGCUGUCUGAAAUAAACUGUGGGAAGAUGAUGGUGAAAUCUGGAAGCAGUAAUAAUAUUGAAAAUACUGAAAUUUUAAGGCGAUAAUGAUGCAGAAAUUGACGAAGUACAUGGGAAUAAAUGAGACAGAAGAUGGUGAAGUCUGAAGCCAGCAAUGGUAAGGAAGUUAGCAAUACUCGGUCAGUAAUGGAAUAGAAGAUGGUCAAGUCUGAAGGAAUAAAUGAGACAGAAGAUGGUGAAGUCUGAAGCCAGCAAUGGUAAGGAAGUUAGCAAUACUCGGUCAGUAAUGGAAUAGAAGAUGGUCAAGUCUGAAGGAAUAAAUGAGACAGAAGAUGGUGAAGUCUGAAGCCAGCAAUGGUAAGGAAGUUAGCAAUACUCGGUCAGUAAUGGAA